AUGUGUGUCCUGUCCUGUUAUGUACUCUUCUCGCUCUCUCUGAAUCGCUCUGUCCCCCCCACAUCUCUGACUGCCUGUCUCUCUGAUGACGUGUGCGUCUCUCGCUCCUGACAGCACCAGCAGACUCUACUGAACCAGCUAAGGGAGGUCACAGGCACCACAGACGUCCAGCUGCUCCAGCAGGCCCUGCAGGUAACACACACACACGUGCACGAGGCCCUGCGGUGCGGAUGUAGUGAUGUCACAUUGAGAGAUCUUGUUAGAUUUCUCAAUUUGCAAUGUCUGAAUGUGUUGAUCAAGUUGUUGUAUUUAGUCCGUAGUGCUGAGCAAUUUAACUGAAAUGUUUGUUUUUUCCAGUUAUUAAACAACUAAUUGACCAACGUCGGUUCAGUUACUUGAAUUCCUUUUUGUUUUUUUGUGAGCCCAACGUGCUGUUUCUCUAGAGAGAAAUCAAAUCAUUCACGAGAGAAAUCAAGUCAAGAACUCUGGGACAAUAGGCUUAAAGGAGUUGUAGUUUUCAUUUAGCAAAUAUUCAACCUAGUUCAGCACAGAAACGUGAUAAUUAACUACAAUGACCCUAAUCCAUUGCGCCAGUUUUUUCAGGCUCGGACAGUGACAGAUCAGAAGGGAAGAGGCAAAGCGAGUGGUUUCACUCUUGACAAAAUCUGUCCAAAAUAAGCCCAAUGCGUUUCUAUAGGCUUAAUUUGCACCUAAGUUUGUCACCUGCCUUCCUGCCUUUGGCACAACAACUCCCAUUGUUAGGGCGGAGACAUUAUAUACAGAUCUCUGGACGGAUACACUUUUACGCCUGUUACGUUAGGCUAGAUCAUACAGUCAUUGGGUUAGAUACACACCGACCGCAUAUACCGCAACGAGAGGGAUCAAGACAGUUUGUGAAAGUAUGCCUUAUCUACUUUAAAGAACUAGUAAAAUGAUUAUCAGACAGCUCUGCAGCAUACUUAGGCAGGCUAUAGCUAAAUAGGAUGACUAAAAACAGUACAGUAUGGGGAGCAAAUAGAUACCGUUAUAUGGUCUGGCUGGCUGACUGCUACUGCCGGAGCAGAGAUGAUGGAUGACUUUAAGGAAUGAAAAAUAGUCAUCAAAUGAGAACUAAGUAAUAUACACAACUGAAAUAUUGUAUUAUUUCAUAGUAAUUUCCUCUUUCUCUAUUGGCGCCUAACCAAUGUGGACCUGACAGAGACAAUGGAAUAUUUGAAAUGUUUUUUCAAUUGAAUGUUCACUAUUUUUGGCUUAGAAAUUUGUAAUGUCAUUAUUUCAUAAUGCAUUUAAUGUUUAAAAAAAUAAUGGGAAUCUAAAACAGUGAUUUUAAAUAAUCUAACCAAAACCGAACCGACCUCAGAAAGCACUACUUGCUCAGCGCUAUUAGUCCAACAUAACGUUGUUUAAAAUUGUCAAUAUUUUCCCUAGCGGAUGUUGAUUUUCAGGGAUGCAUUUCAAAAUGGUUUGACGCAAUUUGAAAUGUUACUGAUUUAUGUUCUAAAAUCUCCAGUGUGAGUUCUGGAAAUUACUUAUUUUCAACCAAUUCAUCAGCUCAUAAGCUUUAUUGAUCUCCCAGAAUAAGUGUUGAUAGUCUACUUCUAAACCAGUCUGACAGUAUAGCUGUCCCUGCAGGUCAGUAAUGGAGACCUGGCGGAGGCGGUGGCCUUUCUGACAGAGAAGAACGCCAAGGUGCCCCAGAAGGAUGAGGCUACCUACUACCAAACCACCCAGGUGGGCAACGACAGAUACAUCAGCGUGGGCAGCCAGGCAGACACUAGUGAGUACUUACCUCACCCAGCACUGCCCGGGGCAGUCCCUAGCCAGGGAGAUACCAGUGAGUACCACAACCUACCUCAUCUCAGGUGUAUGCAUAAGAAAAAAUCUGUAGGCCUCAAACCCAUUAUAUACAGUGCAUUCGGAAAGUAUUCAGACCUCUUGACUUUUUCCACGUUUUGUUACUUACAGCCUUAUUCUAAAAUGGAUUAAAUUGUUUUUCCCCCUCAUCAAUCUACACACAAUACCCCAUAAUGGUUUUUUAGAAAUGUUUGCAAAUGAAUACAAAAUGAAAAUAUUACAUUUACAUAAUUAUUCAGACCCUUUACUCUAGUCUUCUUGGGUAUGACGCUACAAGCUUGGCACACCUGUAUUUGGGGAUUUUCUCCCAUUCUUCUCUGCAGAUCCUCUCAAGCUCUGUUAGGUUAGAUGGGGACCGUCGCUGUACAGCUAUUUUCAGGUCUCUCCAGAGAUGUUCGAUCGGGUUCAAGUCCGGGCUCUGGCUGGGCCACUCAAGGACAUUCAGAGACUUGUCUCGAAGCCACUACUGCGUUGUCUUGGCUGUGUGCUUAGGGUCAUUGUCCUGUUGGAAGGUGAACCUUCAUCCCAGUCAGGUCCUGAGCGCUCUAGAGCAGGUUUCCAUCAAGGAUCUCUCUGUACUUAGCUCCGUUCAUCUUUCCCUUGAUCCUGACUAGUCUCCCAGUCCCUGCCGCUGAAAAACAUGCUUCACCGUAGGGAUGGUGCCAGGUUUCCUCCAGACGUGACUUUGGCAUUCAGGCCAAAGAGUUCAAUCUUGGUUUCAUCAGACCAGAGAAUCUUGUUUCUCAUGGUCUGAGAGUCCUUUAGGUGUCUUUUAGCAAGCUCGAAGUGGGCUGUCAUGUGCCUUUUACUGAGGAGUGGCUUCCGUCUGGCCAAUACCAUAAAGGCCUGAUUGGUGGUGUGCUGCAGAGAUGGUCGUCCUUCUGAAAGGUUCUCCCAUCUCCACAGAGGAGCUCUGUCAGAGUGACCAUCGGGUUUUUGGUCACCUCCCUGACCAAGGCCCUUCUCCCCCGAUUGCUCAGUUUGGCCGGGCGGCCAGCUCUAGGAAGAGUCUUCGUGGUUCCAAACUUCAUCCAUUUAAGAAUGAUGGAGGCCACUGUGUUCUUGGGGACCUUCAAUGCUUCAGAAAUGUUUUGGUACCCUUCCCCAGAUCUGUGCCUCGACACAAUCCCGUCUCGGAGCUCUACGGACAAUUCCUUCGACCUCAUGGCUUGGUUUUUGCUCUGACAUGCCCUGUCAACUGUGAGACCUUAUACAGACAGGUGUGUGCCUUUCCAAAUCAUGUCCAAUCAAUUGAAUUUACCACAGGUGGACUCCAGUCAAGUUGUAAAAACAUCUCAAGGAUGAUCAAUGGAAACAGGAUGCACCUGAGCUCAAUUUUGAGUCUCAUAGCAAAUGGUCUGAAUACUUAUGUAAAUAAGGUAUUUCUGUUUUUAAUACUUAAUACAUUUGCAAACAUUUCUAAAAACCUGUUUUCACUUUGUCAUUAUGGGGUAUUGUGUUUAGAUUGAUGAUUUUUAUUUAAUACAUUUUAGAAUACGUUUUUAACGUAACAAAAUGUGGAACAGGUCAAGGGGUCUGAAUACUUUCUGAAUGCACUGUAUGUGAAUGAUUAACAUUACUGUCUCCCCUAAUUCUAUUUCAUCAUAUUUUGCCAAUCGUUCCCAUUCAGUUUCGUAUUGAAGCUCUAAGUGAGCAGUUAACAUUGUAUAAAGGUCUGUGGGAUGGCUGUUAGCAGGAUGCCUCCUGGUUCUCAUGCGAGACAAGGGGUUACGUUGUUGAAAUUACAUGAUGUCAUCUCUGGGGAAUUUUCUGAGAUGGGCACGAGAAGUCCUGCCUUUACUGCAGAGGCAUAUCCUUCUCCGUUCAGGAACACCGGAGAAGGUCAUAUAUUCUGACAUGCCCCUUUUGACUUUCAUGCAGGAAUGGCCUAAUUAAUGAACUUACUCACUCCCUUGGAUAUGUGUCAAAUAAGGAAAACAACAAUCUAUAACAGAGGUGUCAAACUCAUUCCACGGAGGGUCGGGUGUCUGCAGGUUUUUGGUUUUUCCUUUCAAUUAAGAGCUAGACAACCAGGUGAGGGGAGUUCCUUAUUAAUUAGUGACUUUAAUUCAUCAAUCAAGUACGAGGGUGGAGCGAAAACCAGCAGACACUCGGCCCUCCGUGGAAUGAGUUUGACACGUGACCUAUAACCUAACCCAGUCAAUGGAAUUGAGAGUUGUCUGGGAGGAGGGAAAAAAACCUUUUGCUCUGUUUACUACUCUGAUGAUGACUCACCUUAGUCUUUUUAUAGGUUUGUCUAAUAUUAUAGGCUACUGCACCACAUUUUAAGCUCUCCUCUUCCCUUUGUGGUCUUUUAAGCUGGGAUAAAAAAAUAAAGAUUGUCUGUCUGCCCUUUCCUCUCAGCCCGUCUGUGAAACACGGCAGCAUGACUGGGAUUAUAAAAUUAGUAAGGGUGGGAUUCUAAUUUGGGGUACUUAACUUUAAGCGUAAAUCGUGCAUUGAUGUCAGUGGAAGAAAAACUUGAGUUAUGUUGUGAAGAAGGUCUAAGUACUCUAUAUAUGUAAGUAAGGAGUUGUACGUGUGUGUGUGUGUUGUUUUAGACGUGAUUGACCUGACUGGUGAUGAUAAGGAUGACCUCCAGAGGGCAAUCGCUCUCAGCCUGGAGGAGUCCAGCCGGGCCUUCAGGGAGACGGGCAUCACCGACGAGGAGCAGGCCAUCAGCAGGUACACCAGUCAGGUGUUUGAGUGGCAUGUCAACAAUCUGUGUUUGAGGGUAUCAGACUGAGCAAGUCGCUGUGCAGUUUCGCUAAUAUUUUGAGUUGCGAAACGUCAACAAUAUGCUUUAUUCACAUUGUUAGGGCUUUGAAAUAAUAAAAUAUCCUUUGAUGAAAGUGUUUUCUUAGAUGUGUUGUACUCUGCAGAGUUCUGGAGGCCAGCAUAGCGGAGAACAAGGCGAGCCUGAAGCGGACACACACUGAGGUGUGGAGUGACUCGCCCAACCCUCACGACAGGAAGAGGAUGGAGAACUGCCCCGUCGGGCUCAAGAACGUGGGUAACACCUGCUGGUUCAGCGCCGUCAUCCAGGUGGGGACAAAACACACACACCCUCCCUUUUGACUCUGCGAAACAUCUUAUAUCAAUGUAAUGUAUUCAAUAUAGGCCUAGACCCUCAUCCUCUUAUGGCAUGGAUGUAGAGCUCUUUGUAGAGAGACUUGGAAAGACUAGCCCUCCCCGUCAUAAGGUAUGGAUUACGUUGUUACUGUAUAGACCCCCUAGUAGAGGGUAAAGUGAGCUGAAAUAUGCUGAAUGAACACUGGAUACACCGUCACAUGGUCCCUGUCUGCCUGUGUGUAAUGGGACUCCUUAAGGAGACAGCACAGUCACACAUUUCAGCUCUGUCUCUUCCCAGAAUUAGAGAUUUACUGAAAGCAGGUGAUAAAAUGAAGUUACAACUCAACUAAUCGUUCUCCUUUUCUAAUUAUUUCAUCCCUUUUAUCAAAAGGAAUGGAAGUUUGGUUCGUAACUUCGAACGCUAACAUUCUUCUGUAAUCCAUCAUACCCAUACAGCAUUCCAACAGCUAGUAGCAACAGGGUGAUAACAUCCAUAGUAAAACAGCUGUUGACUACCUCACUAUACAGCAACAUGCAUGAUCUCUUUUGAUAGUGCGCAAAUGUUUAGUGCUGGUUGAAAGGUAAAUUUAUGUUAUUCAAGAAAACUGACUCGUUCCGAUCUGUUUGUUUCCAGUCUCUGUUCAACCUGCUGGAGUUCCAGAGGCUGGUGCUGCAUUACUCCCCUCCUGCCAGAGUCCAGGACCUGCCUCGCAACCAGAAGGUGAACCACCUAUCAUCCUUCACUCACCCAGACAACUCAUAUCAACUCUCAGCAGUGACGCUUAGGUCAAAUCCCCCUGACCAAUACGCUACAGAGAUAGUGGCACUGAAAAACUCCCCUUGUGUUAGGAACAUAUGUUAAACCCUGGGAAAAGGUCAGGUUAGCUCUCUCCUGACUUUGAGAUCCAUGGCCCUCAGCUGGAUAGCUAUCAUUCCUGUUAGCCUCUGAGCUGGGCUCUGGCCCUCUGAAGAGAGGCUCUGGCCCUCUGAAGAGAGGCUUGACCCUCUGGGUUGUAAAAUCAAUGCCCUCACUGUGCAACAUCUCUAUUUGGUUGCAGCGUGAUCUGAUUUCCCCUCAGGUUCCAGUGGUUCACGCUGCCCCCUGACUUCCCAGUCGAUUCAGCAUAGCCUCUCCCCCCUCUCUCUCUACAGCAGCUGCAGUCUCUUCCUCAUUGGUUUCUGCAACUGCAAUCUUAUCUGCACAGCACGUUCCUCCCAACCGCUUCCCAUGGAGCCCUCCAUAGGGUUAGUGGUUAGCGCACAUCCGCUAAUCUGGGAUAAGCCUCUGCUGCUGUUGCCAUAUAGCGGCACCCAGUCAUCUUGGGGUCUGAAGCUUACCGUAUGCUUCCCAGUCGAAACAGUUUGUGCAUUAUGCCGAAAUCUUGAUGGUUUUGGCAGUUAUGGUCUUCGGCAGUUUUUCUUUCAGCUGUUUGUGCAAAAACAAAUAUUGAGGAAAGUCGAAGUUCGGUAGCCAAAGUCUAUUCCCCUUCGUCGGUGAUUGGUCAACUGGUCAACAGUACUACUCCUAGUGAGAGUGGGAACAUGAAGUGUUUGUUGUAAUUCAACGAGAGAUGACUCGUUUUCAUGCCAAUUUUUUGACUUGAGAAAUUCUGCGCUAAACAUCUUAGUUAGAUGUAAAAUUGCGCAACUAAGACCUCCUCUGCAAAAACUUAAAUCAAGAAAUCGGUCAUUAAUUUUUUUCUUGGAUUAAUGCAGACUAUUUUGAGGAAGUGUUUCUGGCUAUGUUGUUGCUACGGCGUCUCAAUAGGGACAAAUGGUAUUAUUGCCCCUUUUUUCUUGUUUUUCAACAGAAGGCCUUUUUAGACAGGGUUUCCCAAACUCGGUCCUGGUGCGUACCCUGGGUGCAUGUUUAGGUUUUUUCUCUCGUCAAGCUUUGAUUAUUUCAAUCCGCUGUGUAGUGCUAUGGCAAAAACCAAAACGUACACCGGGGGGGGGGGGGGGGGGCAGGACUAGGACCAGGACUGAGUUGGGAAACUCUGUUUUAAGGGUGUAUGCAAGGCACGUACGUUCACGUCGCCUAUCCAAGUUCUGCUAGUAUGCGUACGCCUUUAGUCUCUUGUCCCUCUAAUAUCAACGACCCACUGCUGAACGAACAGAGGAGGGACCCUUCUAGGGCUUAGACCCUAACCUGUCAUCAAUAGCCGCGACCCUCGAGCACAGAGAGAACGUUGCUCUAGUUUUCUUUAAUCUGCUCUUUCUGUCAACGAGGCUCGACUUCGAAGCAAGGCUUUGCUCUUUGCUCUCAACACGCACCAUAGGCUUAGUGUGUAAUUUAGAACUCAUUCAUUCAUUGCCAGUCGUUGUGAUGCAGCCAGUCAGUGUCCUAGUGUAUAUAGAGCAGUGGAGGACACCCUCUGGUUGUCACAUCUCACACCAGCCCCAGCUCAGAUUUACUGGAUCAGCUCAGCAUCACUAGGCUCCAACAGAAAAACACAUUCCCUCGCAUAAAGUGGGGAAAUACCCGUUCUUCAUAUUUUGACAGGCACACUACAACCAUCAUAAAGCACUGAAUUUGAAAAUAUUAUAAUGGGUAUUAUAGUAUUACUUCUCAAUUCAGUCUCUACGGUCUGAAAGAUGGUUAACAUUAAAACCCUGGAAUAUGACUGCGAUUUGGAAACCAUUAUUCCCUUACUCUAGAAGGUGAGUUGUCAUGGUAACUAACGUCCCUGUGUGUGGGUCCCGAUUGUCAUUCCAUAGGAGCACAGGAACCUGCCCUUCAUGCAGGAGCUGAGGAACCUGUUCUCACUCAUGGUCGGUUCUAAGAGGAAGUACGUGGACCCAUCGCGCGCCGUGGAGAUCCUCAAGGACGCCUUCAAGUCCAGCGAGUCUCAGCAGGUAAACCUCCUAGCUAUCCCUCUGUAAUGCCUGCUAUGAUAAACCAAUCAAUCUAUCCUUCAAAUGUAUUUAUAAUGCCUUUUUUACAUUAACAGUUGUCACAAAGUGCUUUACAGUAACCCAGCCUUGACCACUCAAAGCAAGCAACAGCACAGUGGCAAGGCAAGACAAAAUUAUUUAUAAAGCCAGCUAUGCCAUCCAUAGUCAUCCAGACAUCUGCUGUGAUCAAAUUCAUUGUAUUAUUUGAUCCAGCAAGUGUAACUAUGGGGUACAUGGACAGGGCUACAGGGGCUUGCUGUAAAAUACAUUUCUGACUGGAGCAAAUGCUCUAUUGAGCAAUCAAUUUGAAUUUGGUUAGGCUACUCCAGUAGAACAAUGUCUAAUGUACACUACAUGACCAAAGGUAUGUGGACACCUGCUCUUCGAACAUCUCAUUUCAAAAUCAUGGGCAUUAACAUGGAGUUGGUCCACCCUUUGGUGCUAUAACAGCCUCCACUAUUCUGGGAAGGCUUUCCACUAGAUGUUGGAACAUUGCUGCGGGGACUUGCUUCCAUUCAGCCACAAGAACAUUAGUGAGGUUGGGCACUGAUGUUGGGGCGAUUAGGCCUGGCUUGCAGUCGGCAUUCCAAUUCAUCCCAAAAGUGUUUGAUGGGGUUGAGGUCAAGGCUCUGUGCAGGCCAGCAAAGUACUUCCACACCGAUCUCAACAAACCAUUUCACUUUGCGGCUGAGCCGUGGUUGCUCCUUGACAUUUCCACUUCACAAUAACAGCACUUACAGUUGACCGGGGCAGCUCUAGCAGGGCCGAAAUUUGACGAACUAACUUGUUGGAAAGGUGGCAUUCUAUGACUGUGCCACAUUGAAAGUCACUGAGCUCUUCAGUAAGGCCAUUCUACUGCCAAUGUAUUUUUAUUUUUUGGGGAAAAAAGAUAUUGGGCACUAGAUCCGCUUGAAUAUUGCAAAUAGAUUGGGGCUUCUAUCAACUGCCAGUGUUUGUCUAUGGAGAUUGCAUGGCUGUGUGCUUGAUUUUAUACACCUGUCAGAAACAGGUAUGGCUGAAAUAGCCGAAUCCACUAAUUUGAAGGGGUGUCCACAUACAUAUCUGGUAUACACUAUAUACAUAAAAGUAUCUCUUUUUUUAAGCGACCAAGAUACCAUUAUUUUGUCAGUUGGUAAAUACAUGAUUCGAAUUCUCCCUUACCUUCCCAUUGUCCCUUGUCUCUUUGGCUGAGGACCCGAGCCCUCCCUUAAAUAUUUGGCUGAGUCAGCAAGGGCAACAAGGCCCAGGGAAACAGCAGACGUUGGAACACCAGGCCCUCCCCUGUCCCCCUGACACCAUCAACCUCGCUUGUCUAUAAUGUUAAUCCCUAGAACACCAACCUCCCCCUGAACUCUGCUACAAAUAUAGAUUUUGACGGAAGGGGGAUUAGCUCCUUUAUACUAAUAUGCUGUAAUGUAAUGGUAAUAUGACACACAGUCCCAAAACUGUUCAGUGUCUGCCCCCCCAAAACCCGAUAAUGCUGAGCUAAUGUUUCUGUUAAGGUCCUGUGAGGUUGGCCGUCUGACUACUGUACUCAUCAGAAAUGUCCGCGGUCCGCUCUGCUCUGGCCCCUUUGUGUGUGUCUGGGGUUAGAGAAGCGUUGACCCCAAUCAGAGGGCACAAUGGACGUCUGUAAAGGACCCUCUGGGCUGUUGGUUGCUUUUGAAGCCUAACAAUUACAUUUGACCCGACUGGGGGGAUACAAAUCGAGUCCCUCAGUAUAAUCCCACUUACCUCCUUUCCAUGUUUUAAACCAUGGCUAAGUUCUCUAGGUCUAGGAGUUCUAGGCCUAUUAUAUUCUACUGUGAUUUUAAAUGAUUGGAUCUGUGCUGCUGGGCAUAGUUAGAGCCUGUGUAAACUCUUCACUCCUCACAGGUGCCCUUAAAGCAUUGUUCUAAUUGUCCGGUCUCUAUGUUGUGCCCUGAAAGCAGCUUUCUAAUUGGUCUGUCUUUGUGUACUGCCUGUAAGUAGUGUUGUAAUUGGUCUGUUUCUCUGUGUUUCCUGAACAGCAGGAUGUCAGUGAGUUCACACACAAGCUGUUGGACUGGCUGGAGGAUGCCUUCCAGAUGAAGGCAGAGGAGGACAGGUAUGGCAAAAUACCUCGCUAAUGUCAACACAUGAUAUAAGUCUAUAAAAGCACAUGAAACACAUACACUGUGUGAUUCAUCCUCCUAGGAGAUAAUGGGACACAUGCCCUCUCUGUGUUUUCAUACAGUAUGUACCGUAGUGAAUUUAGUAAGCAUUUUAUGAAGGUGCCUGUGCAAAAGGGUCUAGGAUCAUUAUUCACAUGGCUUAGAGGCCUAAACGUCCUCUUCCACUUGUGUGCGCGCACUGUGACUCACCCCAAUGAGUGUGUGUUUUGACUCUGACCUCUUUCGGUUCCCAGAGAUGGCAAGAAGCCAAAGAACCCGAUGGUGGAGCUGUUCUACGGCCGCUUCCAGGCUGUGGGGGUUCUGGAAGGUAAGAGAGGGAAGCAAACAUGUUAGAACCUCCCUGGUGUAGGAGGAUAGGUGACUGGAGAGUGAGAGAGAGAUAAGGCUCAGCCGUCUGAUCCCUGCUUCGAGGUAGCAGCAAAGAGAGAGGUAGAGUCCUUGCCCCUGGUAAUUGUUUUAAAGAUGCACUCUCAAACGUAUAAUUUCAGCCAGUAGUUUUGAAAGUGGUGCUCACAAGCCAAAGGUGGUCCCUGUUUUUUGUGUACUACGUCAUCAACUUUUGUACUAGGUCAUCCAUUUCGUAUGAUAUGUUCCGUCCUUUGUUUGUGCAAUUCGAAUGAUACAGUGGGGAAAAAAAGUUUUUAGUCAGCCACCAAUUGUGCAAGUUCUCCCACUUAAAAAGAUGAGAGGCCUGUAAUUUUCAUCAUAGGUACACGUCAACUAUGACAGACAAAAUGAGAAAAAAAAAUCCUGAAAAUCACAUUGUAGGAUUUUUAAUGAAUUUAUUUGCAAAUUAUGGUGGAAAAUAAGUAUUUGGUCACCUACAAACAAGCAAGAUUUCUGGCUCUCACAGACCUGUAACUUCUUCUUUAAGAGGCUCCUCUGUCCUCCACUCGUUACCUGUAUUAAUGGCACCUGUUUGAACUUGUUAUCAGUAUAAAAGACACCUGUCCACAACCUCAAACAGUCACACUACAAACUCCACUAUGGCCAAGACCAAAGAGCUGUCAAAGGACACCAGAAACAAAAUUGUAGACCUGCACCAGGCUGGGAAGACUGAAUCUGCAAUAGGUAAGCAGCUUGGUUUGAAGAAAUCAACUGUGGGAGCAAUUAUUAGGAAAUGGAAGACAUACAAGACCACUGAUAAUCUCCCUCGAUCUGGGGCUCCACGCAAGAUCUCACCCCGUGGGGUCAAAAUGAUCACAAGAACGGUGAGCAAAAAUCCCAGAACCACACGGGGGGACCUAGUGAAUGACCUGCAGAGAGCUGGGACCAAAGUAACAAAGCCUACCAUCAGUAACACACUACGCCGCCAGGGACUCAAAUCCUGCAGUGCCAGACGUGUCCCCCUGCUUAAGCCAGUACAUGUCCAGGCCCGUCUGAAGUUUGCUAGAGUGCAUUUGGAUGAUCCAGAAGAGGAUUGGGAGAAUGUCAUAUGGUCAGAUGAAACCAAAAUAGAACUUUUUGGUAAAAACUCAACUCGUCGUGUUUGGAGGACAAAGAAUGCUGAGUUGCAUCCAAAGAACACCAUACCUACUGUGAAGCAUGGGGGUGGAAACAUCAUUCUUUGGGGCUGUUUUUCUGCAAAGGGACCAGUACGACUGAUCCGUGUAAAGGAAAGAAUGAAUGGGGCCAUGUAUCGUGAGAUUUUGAGUGAAAACCUCCUUCCAUCAGCAAUGGCAUUGAAGAUAAAACGUGGCUGGGUCUUUCAGCAUGACAAUGAUCCCAAACACACCGCCCGGGCAACGAAGGAGUGGCUUCGUAAGAAGCAUUUCAAGGUCCUGGAGUGGCCUAGCCAGUCUCCAGAUCUCAACCCCAUAGAAAAUCUUUGGAGGGAGUUGAAAGUCCGUGUUGCCCAGCGACAGCCCCAAAACAUCACUGCUCUAGAGGAGAUCUGCAUGGAGGAAUGGGCCAAAAUACCAGCAACAGUGUGUGAAAACCUUGUGAAGACUUACAGAAAACGUUUGACCUGUGUCAUUGCCAACAAAGGGUAUAUAACAAAGUAUUGAGAAACUUUUGUUAUUGACCAAAUACUUAUUUUCCACCAUAAUUUGCAAAUAAAUUCAUUAAAAAUCCUACAAUGUGAUUUUCUGGAUUUUCUUUUCUCAUUUUGUCUGUCAUAGUUGACGUGUACCUAUGAUGAAAAUGUCAGGCCUCUCUCAUAUUUUUAAGUGGGAGAACUUGCGCAAUUGGUGGCUGACUAAAUACUUUUUUUUCCCCCACUGUAUGUUGCGAAUCCAACUCGUACUAUAUCCCCCUAGGGUCUAUUGACGCACCAUUGCGUCAAUCUAAGUUACAUAACAAAAAACUCCCCAUCAAAAUCUGUCAGUUUUAAGCUAGAGAUAUGUUUCAAUCCACUGCAUCCGCCGCCAGUGUUGCACUUCCGCAUCUGCGGUGAAAGGUGGCAGAGCUAAAGCGGUGUUUGUCAGACCAUGCGACAGCCUGAAAAUCGUUCUUCUCACGAAAACGUCUGUAGCGUCCGAACAGUUUGACCUACAAACUAUUAUGACCACUCUAUUGAAAGGGGAGACUCUCACAAACACGAUGGUGUUCUCCCACAACUGUCACAGGACUCGUCUGAAGGUAGCUGAUACCGGUUUAAAAAAACAAAUGGAAGUAUCAAGUUAGUUUUGUGCCUACCCCAAAAAAGGUGUUAAAUAUGUGUAAUUGUAAAAAAUAAAUAAAAAAAUCCUAGAUUUAGGACAGACACUUCAAAACCUUGUUUCUUAUGAUUUCUUUUUUGACUGUCCUUUUUGCCAUUUAUGAAUGUGUUAUAUAUAUUUUUUGUAUACCUAAAGGGAUCCUAAAAUUCCAAAUGAAAUAGCUAAAUAAUCCAUAGUAUGGCCAUCUUAAACAAUUCCAUAUGUCAGUUUAGCACCUCCCGCCACCCCCCCCAACAUCUUAGACUCAAAAUCUACGAAUUUGUUGUGCUUAACAUCCUGGAGUGCAUCUUUAAUGAGAUGUGGCACAUGUAAAAGUACCGGGGCUGCAGAGCAUUGAUCCUGGAGGACCUUGACGUCUGACUGACAUUGUGCUUAUUAUGCAUGACGAUACUGGCUCAGAACCGCCAGACACAAAGCUGGGCCAGCAAGGCAGCUUCUGCUCCUCUCCUUAUGACCUUAAUGCCUAAUUUGCAUGUCCGCCAGCUUUCCCUCUCCACUCUCUGGGUUCAGUUUUUUUUCUGGUCAGUCAGCACUCAGCUGCUGUAGUCAGUGCAGUGGGUCGGCUGAGGCUCUGCAAAUGCAGAAAGCUGUGCUGUACUUAGUCAGUUAGUGGAUGUAAUGGCUACAUCUGGGUUCAAAUAGUAUUUGUCUUCUUUGUUUGAUUGAGCUUGCCUGGCGCAGUGGAACCAAUGAAAAAGUAUAAACCUUGCCCAUCUGGCAUCCCAGGCAGGCUCAAUCAAAUGUUUUAAGUAUUUGAAACUAAACAAAUCCUAUUUGAAACCAGGCCUGGCUAUGAUGACUGCUAAAUUAGUGUGAAAUGGGUCUCUCCUCUGUCUCUCACACGCCUGGGCCACUUUCUCCCUGGCCUCCCCAUAUGGCACGCGCUCGCAAGCAAGCUAGGGCUAGGUCAUGGGACCACACCUCGGAGGAGUAGUACUGCAUAAUCGGGCACAACUGCCUCUACCAAAUCCCAGUGCUUCUUUAAUUAGUUGUGGGUUAUGUGGCCACAACUGUGGGUAUGUGUGAGGUGCAUACAUUUAGAUUAUAUUUCUGUGCUCCUGUUCCCUUCCUCACAGGAAAGAAGUUUGAGAACACAGAGAUGUUCGGGCAGUACCCUCUGCAGGUGAACGGCUUUAAGGACCUGCACGAGUGUUUGGAGGCAGCCAUGAUCGAGGGGGAGAUCGAGUCCCUACACUCAUCUGCAGAGAACUCUGCCAAGUCUGGACAGGAGGUCAGUGCUGCUGCUCACUGAGACACACCAACAACUAACACAGUGGAGUUUGGAGUUUUACAUUUACAUUUUACAUUUUAGUCAUUUAGCAGACGCUCUUAUCCAGAGCGACUUACAGUUAGUGAGUGCAUACAUAAUUUUUUUAUUUUUCAUACUGCCCCCCGUAAUAGAUGUGUAAUAGGGAAAAUGAAACUCCAAAACAUGUUCCAAAUCUAUGGUUAGUCACACACAAAAUGUACAGGCAAAUAGGAAGCACCAUUACAUUACUGUUCAACUACCGAAUGUUGUCAGUAGCCCACUAAAACAGCCCAUCUAGGUCUACUUAAAAAUAGACGGGUACUUGAAUAAUUCAGGAGAUUCAGUGGGGGACCGACUGACUCCCACAGCGUUAGCCUAGCCUGUGACCCCUAACCUCUGCUAUGACCCUGCUAGCCUGGCGUUGACCCCUGUCCGGGGUUAGCCUUGCCUCAGCUUGGGCCACCAGCCCCACAGCACAGCAGCUGGGACUAGCUAAUUACUAGUCCCCCUCACAUCACAGAUGGACUGGGACUGACCCCUCUGGACUGGAUCCAGUAUGCCAAACCCCCCUUUGCCCUCAGAACAGCCUAAAUUCAUCAGGGCAUGGACUCUUGUGUCAAGUUGACAGUUGUCAAGUUGACUGGAUGUCCUUUGGAUGGUGAACCAUUCUUGAUACACACAGGAAACUGUUGAGUGUGAAAAACCCAGCAGCGUUGCAGUUCUUGACACACUCAAACCGGUGCGCCUGGCACCUACUACCAUACCACGUUCAAAGGCACUUAAAGCUUGUCUUGUCCAUUCACCCUCUGAAUGGCACACAUACACAAUCCAUGUCUCAAGGCUUAAAAAUCCUUUAAGCUGUCUGCUGCCCUUCAUCUACACUGAUUGAAGUGGAUUUAACAGGUGUCAUCAGUAAGGGAUCAUAGCUUUCACCUGGUCAGUCUGUCAUGGAAAGAGCAGGUGUUCCUAAUGUUUUGUACACUGUGUAUAUACCGUCGGUGUCUGCUUGGAAUAAUGACAUAAAUAAUAGACUGGAGGCACAACAAUAUUAGUGGGACAGGCGUGAGCCAUAUAGGAAUGAUUUCUAAACACGCUACUCAAGACUACUCAUUAAGAAGGGCCCAAUUAAAAAAUUAUCAAAUGUGGUGUUUAUGGAAAACCCAUUACUCAUAUGACCUAAAUUAGAAAAUGGAAACUCAAUUAUAAUAGCAUAUUUGGAAUUCCUUUCAGCAUUGGUUUACCGAACUCCCUCCUGUCUUGACCUUUGAACUGUCGAGAUUUGAGUUCAACCAAGCCCUGGGUCGGCCUGAGAAGAUCCACAACAAGCUGGAGUUCCCCUCUAUGCUGUACAUGGACAGGUAAGGAACAUUUUAUUCAAGUCGCGUAUAAACAAAUAUAUACAGUACCAGUAAAAAGUUUGAACACACCUACUCAUUCCAGGGUUUUUCUUUAUUUUUACUGUUUUCUACAUUGUGGAAUAAUAGUGAAGACAUCAAAACUAUGAAAUAACACAUGGAAUCAUGUAGUAACCAAAAAAGUGUUAAACAAAUCAAAAUAUAUUUCAUAUUUGAGAUUCUUCAAAAUGUAAAUGACAGCUUUGCACACUCUUGGGAUUCUCUCAACCAGCUUCAUGAGGUAGUCACCUGGAAUGGAUUUCAAUUAACAGGUGUGCCUUGUUAAAAGUUAAUUUGUGGAAUUUCUUUCCUUCUUAAUGCAUUUGAGCAAAACAGUUGUGUUGUGACAAGGUAGGGGGGGGUAUACAGAAGAUGGCCCUAUUUGGUAAAAGACCAAGUCCAUAUUAUGGCAAGAACAGCUGAAAAAGCUGUAGCUCAGCUGGUAGAGCACGGCGCUUGUAACGCCAAGGUAGUGGGUUCGAUCCCCGGGACCACCCAUACACAAAAAAUGUAUGCACGCAUGACUGUAAGUCGCUUUGGAUAAAAGCGUCUGCUAAAUGGCAUAUUAUUAUAUUAUUAUAAAUAAGCAAAGAGAAACGACAGCCAUCGUUACUUUAAGACAUGAAGGUCAGGCAAUCCGGAAAAUUUCGAGAACUUUGAAAGUUUCUUCAAGUGCAGUCGCAAAAACCAUCAAGUGCUAUGAUGAAACUGUCUCUCAUGACGACCACCACAGGAAAGGAAGACCCAGAGUUACCUCUGCUGCAGAGGAUAGGUUCAUUAGAAUUACCAGUCUCAGAAAUUGCAGCCCAAAUAAAUGCUUCACAGAGUUCAAGUAACAGACACAUCUCAACAUCAACUGUUCAUAGGAGACUGCGUGAGUCAGGCCUUCAUGGUUGAAUUGCUGCAAAGAAACCACUACUAAAGGACACCAAUAAGAAGAAAAUACUUGCUUGGGCCAAGAAACACGAGCAAUGGACAUUCGACCGGUGGAAAUCUGUCCUUUGGUCUGAUGAGUCAAAAUUUUAGAUUUUUGGUUCCAACUGCCGUGUCUUUGUGAGACGCAGAUUACGUGAGCGGAUGAUCACUGCAUGUGUGGUUCCCACUGUGAAGCAUGGAGGAGGAGGUGUGAAGGUGUGGGGGUGCUUUGCUGGUGACACUGUCUGUGAUUUAUUUAGAUUUCAAGGCACACUUAACCAGCAUGGCUACCACAGCAUUCUGCAGCGAUACGUCAUCCCAUCUGGUUUGCUUUUAGUGGGACUAUCAUUUGUUUUUCAACAAAACAAUGACCCAAAACACACCUCCAGGCUGUGUAAGGGCUAUUUGACCAAGAAGGAGAGUGAUGGAGUGCUGCAUCAGAUGACCUGGCCUCCACAAUCACACGACCUCAACCCAAUUGAGAUGGUUUGGGAUGAGUUGGACUGCAGAGUGAAGGAAAAGCAGCCAACAAGUGCUCAGCAUAUGUGGGAACUCCUUCAAGACUGUUGGAAAAGCAUUCCUCAUGAAGCUGGUUGAGAGUAUACCAAAAGUGUGCAAAGCUGUCAUCAAGGCAAAGGGUGGCUAUUUGGCUAUUAUAUUUUGAUUUGUUUAACACUUUUUUUGGUUACUACAUGAUUCCAUAUGUGUUAUUUCAUAGUUUUGAUGUCUUCACUAUUAUUCUACAAUGUAAUUUUUUUUUUUUUUUUACAAAUGAAGAAAAACCCUUGAAUGAGUGGGUUCUGAUAGGCUAAUUGACAUAAUUUGAGUCCAUUGGAGGUGUACCUGUGGAUGUAUUUCAAUGCCUACCUUCAAACUCGGCGCUUCUUUGCUUGACAUCAUGGGAAAAUCAAAAGAAAUCAGCCAAGACCUCAGAAAAAAAAUUCUAGACCUCCACAAGUCUGGUUCAUCCUUGGGAGCAAUUUCCAAACACCUGAAGGUACCACGUUCAUCUGUACAAGCAAUAGUACGCAAGUAUAAACACCAUGGGACCACGCAGCCGUCAUACCGCUCAGGAAGGAGACGCGUUCUGUCUCCUAGAGAUGAAUGUACUUUGGUGCAAAUCAAUCCCAGAACAACAGCAAAGGACCUUGUGAAACAAGUACAAAAGUAUCUAUAUCCACAGUAAAACGAGUCCUAUAUCGACAUAACCCGAAAGGCCACUCAGCAAGGAAGAAGCCACUGCUCCAAAACCGCCAUAAAAAAGCCAGACUACGGUUUGCAACUGCACAUAGGGACAAAGAUUGUAGUUUUUGGAGAAAUGUCCUCUGGUCUGAUGAAACAACAAAAAUACAGUCGUAUGAAAAAGUUUGGGCACCCCUGACAAUUUCCAUGAUUUCCAUUUAUGAAUAAUUGGGUGUUUGGAUCAGCAGUUUUAUUUUGAUCUAUCAAAUAACUGAUGGACAAAGUAAUAUUUCAGUAGUGAAAUUAGGUUUAUUGGAUUAUCAGAAAAUGGGCAAUAUGCAUCAAAACAAAAUUAGACAGGUGCAUAAAUUUGGGCACCCCAACAGAAAAAUCACAUCAAUAUUUAGUAGAGCCUCCUUUUGCUAAAAUAACAGCCUCUAGAUGCUUCCUAUAGCCUCUAAUGAGUGUCUGGAUUCUGGAUGAAGGUAUUUUGGACCAUUCCUCCUUACAAAACAUCUCCACUUCAGUUAGGUUUGAUGGUUGCCGAGCAUGGACAGCCCGCUUCAAAUCAUCCCACAGAUUCUCAAUGAUAUUCAGGUCUGGGGACUGGGAUGGCCAUUCCAGAACAUUGUACUUGUUCCUCUGCAUAAAUGCCCGGGUAGAUUUUGAGCAGUGUUUUUGGGUCGUUGUCUUGUUGAAAUAUCUAGCCCCGGCAUAAAUUCAACUUUGUGACUGAUUCUUCAACAUUAUUCCCAAGAAUCUGCUGAUAUUGAGUGGAAUCCAUGCGACCCUCAACUUCCCAGUACCGGCACUGGCCACACAGCCCCACAGCAUGAUGGAACCCCAACCUAAUUUUACUGUGGGUAGCAAGUGUUUUUCUUGGAACGCUGUGUUCUUUUGCCGCCAUGCAUAACGCCCCUUGUUAUGACCAAAUAACUCAAUCUUUGUUUCAUCAGUCCACAGCACCUUAUUCCAAAAUGAAGCUGGCUUGUCCAAAUGUGCGUUUGCAUACCUCAAGCGACUCUGUUUGUGGCGUGUGUUCAGGAAAGGCUUCUUCCGCAUCACUCUCCCGUACAGCUUCUCCUUGUGCAAAGUGUGCUGAAUUGUUGAACGAUGCACAGUGACACCAUCUGCAGCAAGAUGAUGUUGUAGGUCUUUGGAGGUGGUCUGUGGGCUGUUUUUGACCAUUCUCACCAUCCUUUGCCUCUCCGAUAUUUUACUUGGCCUGCCACUUCUGGCCUUAACAAGAACUGUUCCUGUGGUCUUCCAUUUCCUCACUAUGUUCCUCACAAUGGCUUUUUGUAGCCUUCCCCUAAACCAUAAUGUUGAACAAUCUUUGUUUUCAGGUCAUUUGAGAGUUGUUUUGAGGCCCCCAUGUUGCCACUCUUCAGAGGAGAGUCAAAGAGAACAACAACUUGCAAUUGGCCACCUUAAAUACAUUUUCUCAUGAUUGGAUGCAAUUGUCUAUGAAGUUCAAGGCUUAAUGAGCUCACCAAACCAAUUAUGUGUUCCAAUUCAUCAGUGCUAAGUAGUUACAGGUAUUCAAAUCAACAGAAUGACAAGGGUGCCCACAUUUUUGCAUAGCCUAUUUUUCACAUCUGAUUUAAUUUCAUACAACUUAAUAUUGCUACACUAAAAAUCUUUGUCUGGACAACACCCCAGUACUCAGCUUUUAUUAGAAAAUGAAUGGCAUGCCACUGUGAUCAUUUUCUGUGACGACAGAGUAAAUUAUUAUGCAGCCUCAGAGGGGUGCCCAAACGUUUUCAUACGACUGUAGAACUGUUUGGCCAUAAUGACCAUUGAUAUCUUUGGAGGAAAAAGGGGGGGCUUGCAAGCAGAAGAACACCAUCCCACCCAUGAAGCACGGGGGUGGCAGCAUCAUCCUGUGGGGGUGCUUUGCUGCAGGAGGGACUGGUGCACUUCACAAAAUAGAUGGCAUCAUGAGGAAGGAAAAUUAUGUGGAUAUAUUGAAGCAACAUCUCAAGACAUCAGUCAGGAAGUUAAAGCUUGGUCGCAAAUGGGUCUUCCAAAUGGACAAUGACCCCAAGCAGACUUCCAAAGUUGUGGCAAAAUGGCUUAAGGACAACAAAGUCAAGGUAUUGGAGUGGCCAUCACAAAGCCCUGACCUCAGUCCUAUAGAACAUUUGUGGGCAGAACUGAAAAAGCGUGUGCGAGCAAGGAGGCCUACAAACCUGACUCAGUUACACCAGCUCUGUGUGGAGGAAUGGGACAAAAUUCACCCAACUUAUUGUGGGAAGCUUGUGGAAGGCUACCCAAAACAUUUGACCCAAGUUAAACAAUUUAAAGGCAAUGCUACCAAAUACUAAUUGAGUGAAUGUAAACUUCUGACCCACUGGGAAUGUGAUGAAAGAAAUAAAAGCUGAAAUAAAUCAUUAUCUCUACUAUUAUUCUGACAUUUCACAUUCUUAAAAUAAAGUGGUGAUCCUAACUGACCUAAGACAGGGAAUUUGUACUAGGAUUAAAUGUCAGGAAUUGUGAAAAACUGAGUUUAAAUGUAUUUGACUAAGGUGUAUGUAAACCUCCGACUUCAACUGUAUACAGUGGGGAGAACAAGUAUUUGAUACACUGCCAAUUUUGCAGGUUUUCCUACUUACAAAGCAUGUAGAGGUCUGUAGUAAUUUUGAUCAUAGGUACACUUCAACUGUGAGAGACGGAAUCUAAAACAAAAAUCCAGAAAUUCACAUUGUAUGAUUUUUAAGUAAUUAAUUUGCAUUUUAUUGCAUGACAUAAGUAUUUGAUACAUCAGAAACGCAGAACUUAAUAUUUGGUACAGAAACCUUUGUUUGCAAUUACAGAGAUCAUACGUUUCCUGUAGGUCUUGACCAGGUUUGCACACACUGCAGCAGGGAUUCUGGCCCAAUCCUCCAUACAGACCUUCUCCAGAUCCUUCAGGUUUCGGGGCUGUCGCUGGGCAAUACGGACUUUCAGCUCCCUCCAAAGAUUUUCUAUUGGGUUCAGGUCUGGAGACUGGCUAGGCCACUCCAGGACCUUGAGAUGCUUCUUACGGAGCCACUCCUUAGUUGCCCUGGCUGUGUGUUUCGGGUCGUUUUCAUGCUGGAAGACCCAGCCAAGACCCAAUGCUCUUACUGAGGGAAGGAGGUUGUUGGCCAAGAUCUCGCGAUACAUGGCCCCAUCCAUCCUCCCCUCAAUACGGUGCAGUCGUCCUGUCCCCUUUGCAGAAAAGCAUCCCCAAAGAAUGAUGUUUCCACCUCCAUGCUUCACGGUUGUGAUGGUGUUCUUGGGGUUGUACUCAUCCUUCUUCUUCCUCCAAAGACGGUGAGUGGAGUUUAGACCAAAAAGCUCUAUUUUUGUCUCAUCAGACCACAUGACCUUCUCCCAUUCCUCCUCUGGAUCAUCCAGAUGGUCAUUGGCAAACUUCAGACGGGCCUGGACAUGCGCUGGCUUGAGCAGGGGGACCUUGCGUGCGCUGCAGGAUUUUAAUACAUGACGGCGUAGUGUGUUACUAAUGGUUUUCUUUGAGACUGUGGUCCCAGCUCUCUUCAGGUCAUUGACCAGGUCCUGCCGUGUAGUUCUGGGCUGAUCCCUCACCUUCCUCAUGAUCAUUGAUGACCCACGAGGUGAGAUCUUGCAUGGAGCCCCAGACCGAGGGUGAUUGACCGUCAUCUUGAACUUCUUCCAUUUUCUAAUAAUUGCGCCAACAGUUGUUGCCUUCUCACCAAGCUGUUUGCCUAUUGUCCUGUAGCCCAUCCCAGCCUUGUGCAGGUCUACAAUUUUAUCCCUGAUGUCCUUACACAGCUCUCUGGUCUUGGCCAUUGUGGAGAGGUUGGAGUCUGUUUGAUUGAGUGUGUGGUGUAUUUUAUACAGGUAACGAGUUCAAACAGGUGCAGUUAAUACAGGUAAUGAGUGGAGAACAGGAGGGCUUCUUAAAGAAAAGCUAACGGGUCUGUGAGAGCCGGAAUUCUUACUGGUUGGUAGGUGAUCAAAUACUUAUGUCAUGCAAUAAAAUACAAAUGAAUUACUUAAAAAUCAUACAAUGUGAUUUCCUGCAUUUUUGUUUUAGAUUCUGUCUCUCACAGUUGAAGUGUACCUAUGAUAAAAAUUACAGACCUCUACAUGCUUUGUAAGUAGGAAAACCUGCAAAAUCGGCAGUGUAUCAAAUACUUGUUCUCCCCACUGUGUGUGUGUGUGUAUAUAUAUAUAUAUAUAUAUAUAUAUAUAUAUAUAUAUAUAUAUAUAUAUAUAUAUAUAUAUAUAUAUAUAUAUAUAUAUAUAUAUAUAUAUAUAUAGUUUUUAGUGCCGGUUUCACUGACCCAGAUUAAGCAAAUUCUUAGCCUAAAAAACAUAUUCAAUGGAGAUUCUCCAUUCAGAAGGUUUUUCAGUUCAGGAGAGGAAUUUAUGAACUUGUAUGAUUUCUGUUGUGUUUUGUCAGGUAUAUGGACAGGAACCGAGAGAUCACCAGGAUUAAACGAGAGGAGAUCAGGAGACUGAAAGAGCAACUGACUUUACUUCAACAGCGUCUGGAGAGGUACAGUACACUGAGCUAGGCUGUCACACACACACACACAUUAGGGCUGGGUGGUAAACCAUCAGAAAAUUAUAUACCGGUAUUCAUUCACGGACUGGUUUGGAUUUUCACUUUACCUUCUAUAAGGGUAUUUUAAUGUUGAUUUCUUACAUUAAAAUAAUUCCGUAAUGAUUCAAAAGAAUGGCAUUCAACCAUUUUUAUUGCCAGUAAGAAAACUGCUAACAGCUGAGAACUGCUAGCUAACUUUCUAGCACAACAAGUCAACAACUUCAGGAGGGCAAGCUUGCCAAAUAGACCCCUAGAAAUCAUCCGACUACCCGCAGGGGCAAAUUUAAGUACUGCAAUUGAAGCAAAAAAUACAGAGGAAGAAUCAUUAUUCUCAUAAAUGUAAAGUUUUUGGGACGAAAUAGAGGCAUACAUAUGCACACAAUAAUAUUAUUAUUUUGGAUAGUCAGAUUAAUAUAAUAGUUUGUUUAAAAUGUCUAUAUGUUUUUGGGCCUCCCAAGUGGCGCAAUGGUCUAAGGCACUGCAUCGCAGUGCUAGAGGCGUCACUACAGACCCGGGUUCAAUCCCAGGCUGUCCCAUACUUUACUUUACUUGCCGCAUUGCGCUCUAGCGACUCCUUGUGGCGGGCCGGGCGCCUGCAGACUGACCUCGGUCGUGUUUCCUCCGGCACAUUGGUGCGACUGGCUUCCGGGUUAAGCAGGUGUUAAGAAGCGCGGUUUGGCGGGUCAUGUUUCGAAGGACGCAUGACUCGACCUUCGCCUCCCGAGCCCGUUGGGGAGUUGCAGCGAUGAGACAAGAUCGAAAUUGGGGAGAAAUGAGGGUAUAAUACACACACAAAAAAUUUGAAAAAAUGUGUUUAUAUGCUUUGCAAGAAGAACGAUUUCCCUAAUAAUAUUGUUUACAUGGACACAUCUGAAAUCAGGCUAGCAGAUGGGACUUUAAUAAAUGCAGAAAAUUGCCAAUCAAAAUAAACGUUCCACCACAGCGACCAUGUUAUUUUUGCGAAGCCUAUUUGAUUUUGAAUUCGGACAUCUAAAGUUUGUAUGAACUAUUUCUAAGAUGCAUACUUUCAGUUUUUCCCAAACUCACUGUGUUGGCACAUGAGCAGAUCAAAUACACUGCUGGACGGCCGAUUUAAGCUCUUUACACACCCUAAUAAUUUGAAAGAUGUGUUCAGAAAACCAGGUGUUUUAAUCAGCGUAUGUUUACUUCGAUUUUGACCUUACACCGAUUUUAAGAUAAGCAGAGUAAAGUGUUGACAUGACUAUUGCCAUACUCAGCCUACUGCCAUAAUCUGUUUUAAUAUUGAAAUAUUAGUGUGCAUGUAAACUUACUGAAUGAUGCAGGACAUUAAGAAAUGUAUUAAAAUGCUAGAAUUGAACAAAUAACUAUGCAAAUGGUAACCAUUGGUUGAGUACCAGAUUUUGAUUCCUAUGCAAUGUUCUAAAAAUAAUACUAAUUCACUGUCAGUUUUGUCCUCCUAUUAUUUUUUGUUAAAGUUUGGUUGAACAGUAUGGAGAAAGCCUAUUAAAACCACUACCCAUAAAGCAUAUUUAGAACUUUUAUUAUUCAGAGACAUUAUAUACCGUCAAAAAUGAGAAAAAUAGUGAUAUUUUGGCCAUAUCGCCCAGCCCUAACACAUACAGUGGGGGAAAAAAAGUAUUUAGUCAGCCACCAAUUGUGCAAGUUCUCCCACUUAAAAAGAUGACAGAGGCCUGUAAUUUUCAUCAUAGGUACACGUCAACUAUGACAGACAAAAUGAGGAAAAGAUAUCCAGAAAAUCAUAUUGUAGGAUUUUUAAUGAAUUUAUUUGCACAUUAUGGUGGAAAAUAAGUAUUUGGUCACCUACAAACAAGCAAGAUUUCUGGCUCUCACAGACCUGUAACUUCUUCUUUAAGAGGCUCCUCUGUCCUCCACUCGUUACCUGUAUUAAUGGCACCUGUUUGAACUUGUUAUCAGUAUAAAAGACACCUGUCCACAACCUCAAACAGUCACACUCCAAACUCCACUAUGGCCAAGACCAAAGAGCUGUCAAAGGACACCAGAAACAAAAUUGUAGACCUGCACCAGGCUGGAAAGACUGAAUCUGCAAUAGGUAAGCAGCUUGGUUUGAAGAAAUCAACUGUGGGAGCAAUUAUUAGGAAAUGGAAGACAUACAAGACCACUGAUAAUCUCCCUCGAUCUGGGGCUCCACGCAAGAUCUCACCCCGCGGGGUCAAAAUGAUCACAAGAACGGUGAGCAAAAAUCUCAGAACCACACGGGGGGACCUAGUGAAUGACCUGCAGAGAGCUGGGACCAACGUAACAAAGCCUACUGGGAGAAUGUCAUAUGGUCAGAUGAAACCAAAAUAUAACUUUUUGGUAAAAACUCAACUCGUCGUGUUUGGAGGACAAAGAAUGCUGAGUUGCAUCCAAAGAACACCAUACCUACUGUGAAGCAUGGGGGUGGAAACAUCAUGCUUUGGGGCUGUUUUUCUGCAAAGGGACCAGGACGACUGAUCCGUGUAAAGGAAAGAAUGAAUGGGGCCAUGUAUCGUGAGAUUUUGAGUGAAAACCUCCUUCCAUCAGCAAGGGCAUUGAAGAUGAAACGUGGCUGGGUCUUUCAGCAUGACAAUGAUCCCAAACACACCGCCCGGGCAACGAAGGAGUGGCUUCGUAAGAAGCAUUUCAAGGUCCUGGAGUGGCCUAGCCAGUCUCCAGAUCUCAACCCCAUAGAAAAUCUUUGGAGGGAGUUGAAAGUCCGUGUUGCCCAGCGACAGCCCCAAAACAUCACUGCUCUAGAGGAGAUCUGCAUGGAGGAAUGGGCCAAAAUACCAGCAACAGUGUGUGAAAACCUUGUGAAGACUUACAGAAAACGUUUGACCUGUGUCAUUGCCAACAAAGGGUAUAUAACAAAGUAUUGAGAAACUUUUGUUAUUGACCAAAUACUUAUUUUCCACCAUAAUUUGCAAAUAAAUUCAUAAAAAAUCCUACAAUGUGAUUUUCUGGAUUAUUUUUUCUCAUUUUGUCUGUCAUAGUUGACGUGUACCUAUGAUGAAAAUUACAGGCCUCUCUCAUCUUUUUAAGUGGGAGAACUUGCACAAUUGGUGGCUGACUAAAUACUUUUUCCCCCACUGUAUACACACCUCUGUUUACUUUCUUACAUUGAUAAACUAUCAAAAUGACUGAUCAUUCUUUUUUUUUUCACCUUUAUUUAACGAGGUAAGCCAGUUGAGAACAAGUUCUCAUUUACAACUGCGACCUGGCCAAGAUAAAGCAAAGCAGUGCGAUUUAAAAACAACAACACAGAGUUACAUAUGGGGUAAAAAAGCAAAGUCAAAAAAUACAACAGAAAAUAUAUAUACAGUGUGUGCAAACGUAGCAAGUUAUGGAGGUAAGGCAAUAAAUAGGCUAUAGUGCAAAAUAAUUACAAUUAGUAUUAACACUGGAAUGCUAGAUGUGCAAGAGUCAUAGCAACAAUACCCACUCCUGGAGACAAAAUAGAACAGUGUAAUCAUUUACUGUCGUUUUAAUUUCUGGCGUUGUUGGUAUGUACAACAUGUCCCCAGCAGUCACAUUAUGUUCACACUUUCUCACUUUCAUAAUGCAUUAACAUUUUAUAAUGCUGGUAUGGUGUUUAUAGAUGCUCUUUCACUUUAUAGAUACUCUUUCAUCCUCUCUCUUCCCUCACUCUCUCCCAGGUAUCUGAGCUAUGGCUCCGGCCCCAAGAGGUUUCCUCUGGCAGAUGUCCUGCAGUACGCCAUGGAGUUUGCCUCCAGUAAGCCAGUCUGCACCUCUCCCUUGGAGGACAUCGACACAUCAGCACCCCCCGGUGGCACAAUGGGGCAGCUGCUGCCCGCUUUAAGGCAAGUCAUGCAAGACCAUGCAGCUACAACCACGCUCAGUGACUCUGUGCCAGGAUUUAAGUGUUCAUGUGUACAUGUUUCUGAUACUUUUUUUCAGCAAUUCUGUCUGAUUGAGCUGUUAAAUAAGUGAUUCAGAAGUACCGAGUUGUGGUUUUGACUUCUUCACAAUCGUCUGCCCCUGACAUUACAGCACAGCCGAACAGGGUCCCUCCUGCACCCUUCCAGAGGGUUUGGCCCCCGCCCCGGCCCCCACCCAAGCUCCCUCCACCCAGCAGAGGGUGCCCAUCCACAAGCCCUUCACCCAGUCCCGACUGCCCCCUGACCUGCCCAUGCACCCAGCCCCACGCCACAUCACUGAGGAGGAGCUCCGGGUGCUGGAGGGCUGCCUGCACCGCUGGAGAAGCGAGGUGGAGAACGACACCCAUGGUACGUACGACCCCUGACCUUUGGCCUCAAACAGCCUCGUAUAAUACAGUGUCUUGUGUUUACCUCCAUCUGUCUCUCAAGCACACAAAUAUAUUAAUUCUAAUGAUGGGUUGAUUUUGCUUCUCCAGAUCUUCAGGGCAGCAUAUCCAGAAUCCACAGAACCAUCGAGCUUAUGUACUCUGACAAGUCCAUGAUGCAGGUAAGAGAUGCACUGCCUAAACCUGACGAUACACCGUCACACGAAAAACCCACAUUUUCAUUGUCUGUAAUACUACAACACCAAAUGAAGGAUGCACUAUUGUCUUGAUUUGAGAGAACGCUCACAUUUAACACACAUUGAGUUAACAUAACUCAGGGGAUUGUAUUGUAUUGUAUUCCUGGUCACUCAUUGUUUCCUGCUGGCUCCCAGGUUCCGUACCGGCUGCAUGCGGUGCUGGUGCACGAGGGCCAGGCCAACGCUGGCCACUACUGGGCCUACAUCUACAACCCCCACCAGCGGCGCUGGAUGAAGUACAACGACAUCUCGGUCACCAAGUCCUCCUGGGAGGAGCUGGUCAGGGACUCUUUCGGAGGCUACCGCAACGCCAGCGCCUACUGCCUCAUGUACAUCAACGACAAGAAGCCCUUCCUCAUAGAAGGUAGCUACCGCUCACUGUAGGGAAAUAUCUUUAUUUGGCCUUUACCUCUCUUGUUAUGGUAUACUGUCUUUUUUUCGUUCUUGUGUUGGGGAAAAAAAAAGUAAUUGCAGCUGUAAUCACUAUCCUUUCAGAGUAUGUGAUUAGGACAUGGGCAAGCUUGUUGGUUAUUCUUAGGGUCAGUUUGUGCUGUACAUGCACAGGACUUUCCAUUUCUGAGAAUGUUUAUAAUAUACACCCGGUGACUGUAGCUGACUGCCUGGUUUGUCUCGCUCUCUCUACAGAGGAGUUUGAUAAGGAGACGGGUCAGAUGCUGAGUGGUCUUGAUAAGCUCCCUCCGGACCUGAAGGCCUACGUGAAGGAGGACAACUGCAUGUUUGACAAGGAGAUGGAGGAGUGGGACACCCUGCAGGCACGCAAGGCCCAGCAGGAGAAGCUGGCCCUGGCUGCAGCUGCUGCCGCUGCAGCAGCAGAAACAACAACGUCCCAUCAACCUAUGAGCACAGAGCCCUGUCCAUCAGACAGCUGGGGUGAGGGCCAGGGGUCAUCUCUACAACAUUUAAACACUCCUGAGCUGGUCUGGUUACGCCUUGACCAAAGUUGCUGGAAGUGUAAAAAUAACAUUUCCAGGCCAGCACAGUUUGGGCACGGGGCCAAUCGGCACAAUAGUUUGUAAAUUAUAUUAGUCAGAUAGACUCAUGACAUGUCAAUGAGAGACUUGUGCUUCCACUGCAGUGUUGGUUUAUGUGUUUGUGUCUGUGUGUGGUUCCUCCAGCCCCUCAACAGGACCCAGAGUACAUGGAGCAGCCAUCCCCCACAGACGACUCCAAGCACCUGCAGGAGGACACGGAGAGGGCCAUCUCCAAGGCUGCAGCCGAGCAGCAGGAGGAGAGGAGCCCUGAGGGACUGCUUACUGCAGUAAGACCAAACAUCUCACACACACACGCUCAGAUGCAUACACUACACCUCUUAACCACAUCACACAACUGCUCCUUCUAUGCUCACGUUACUGAACCACGUAGGCCUACCACACAACCCCAGUUAGUUCUUUACUGAACCACGUAGGCCUACCACACAACCCCAGUUAGUUCUUUACUCAACCACGUAGGCCUACCACACAACCCCAGUUAGUUCUUUACUCAACCACGUAGGCCUACCACACAACCCCAGUUAGUUCUUUACUCAACCACGUAGGCCUACCACACAACCCCAGUUAGUUCUUUACUCAACCACAUAGGCCUACCACACAACCCCAGUUAGUUCUUUACUCAACCACGUAGGCCUACCACACAACCCCAGUUAGUUCUUUACUCAACCACGUAGGCCUACUACACAACCCCAGUUAGUUCUUUACUCAACCACGUAGGCCUACCACACAACCCCAGUUAAAGUUCUUAAUUUCCCCCUUUUUCUUAGUUUCUCUUUCUGUUUAACCUUGCCCUCCAUGCCUCUCGCUCUUUCUCUCUUGUUUGUUCUCUCUCUCUCCAGCUCUCUCCACAGUCCAGUGGAGAGAGUCUCUGCCCACCCCCUCCCCCCAAACCCCAGUCGGAGGCCCAGGUGAACCCUGAAACACCCCUCGCCCCUCCCUCUGACCCCCAGCCUGUGGAUCCCUCCCUCACCCCUCCCUCUGACCCUGACCCCCCCGUGGAGGAUGAGCCCCUUUCCCAGCGUACGUUAGAGGUGGCCAUUCCCCAGGUGGGAACCUUUGUCAUCGAGUCUGAGGAGGGGGGGUACGAUGACGAGGUAGCGCUCGACACUCAGCUCACCCAGCUGACUCUUCUGUGGUGUGCUGAAAAGUCUCUCUGCCUGUUUGGUGAUUAGGAUGAGGAGAUGUUCUCCUCUUGGCUCUUUUUAUAGGCUUUUCACACUUGAGUAUAUUUUCAUUCAGAGCGGUCUUCAAACCAGAGUCAUGGUUAGCUCAGGGCAAGUUUCUCACAGUUGGCAUUUUCAACCAAACCUCUUGGCAGACCAAGAUAGGAGUGCUAUAUUAGAGUACAGUCAGUGUACUAUCCUAGAAGAUGAAACUAGCCUUGGGCUAGCUUUAAAAACAUAUUGUGUGAAAAGCCUAUCCCUGUCAAGCCUACCUGCAUCUUGCAACAGAAGUACUCUCUUCUACACAAAACAGAAGCCUUCGGUUCUCAUCAGAGAUAUGUGGACAGAAAUUUCACCUAAACAUCGACUCAAUUGUCUGGAGUGUAUAUUUUUUGCUGCUGAGAAAUAAACUGCAUCUCGGCAGCAAAUGUGAAAAGUAAAUGUGAUUUUCACUGUUUGUCUUACUAUUCCCAACAUCAUUUUUGAUACAAAUAAAUAUAUAUUGUACAAAACCCUUGAGGGGAAAAGAAAAGUACAAGCUGAAUAAUGUAACCGCAUCGUCUCACUGCUCUUAACAAUACAUUAUUUGGUUUUGCUUGGUUUGGCAUUUACAGUAGUGUCUAGCGAAUAAUGUUGUUGUCAAGUGCUGCUGUAGAAUCAAUGUUGUUUAGUUUCUAUUCCCCUCAGAUGGACUAUGGGCUGUCUGCUGGCUGUACCACAGUAGAACUGUCUAUAGGACUGUCUGUAGGGACUGUCUGUACCAUAGGGACCUCGACCUUCACAGGGCCGCCUUUCAGAGGCCCUACUUCAUAGACAGAGACUUUCCUUCAUAGGACAAUUUAAGCAUGCACUUCGUCCCUCACGUGACAGGGGCUGUGUAUGUACCUCACAGUAGUAGAAUGACUAUUAACAUAUGCAUGGACUGCUGAUGUAUGGUAUGCUUGUCGUGACAGAGUUGCAUGGCCCAGGGCAGCUGAAAUAGUGCUGUACCAGAAAGGUGUAUUAUUUUGGGGGCUUGCUCCGAGGGGUCCAAGGGAUCUAUUUUCUACUGUUGUAACAUGCUUCCCCUCCUUGGGUACUGCAGGCCAUGAUGACUCCAAACAUGCAGGGUAUUAUAAUGUCCAUUGGCAAGGCCAGGAGUGUGUUUGAAAAGCUUGGGCCUGAAGCCGCCUUCUUCAAGGUACAUACAUCCUGAUCCCAUUUCUCUGUCCUGUCUCAGUCUCUCUUUCACACCUUUUAUUUAUUUCUUUAUUGAAUCUGUUUUUCACUCAUCCCUUUUACCUGGCAUUCCUCAUGUCUCUGUCUGCUCUGUGACUCAGCUGUUCUUAUCAAAAGCAUCCUCCAGAAAUGGGACUUGGUGUCACAUGGACAAUGAGAUUCAUUUGAACAAAGCAAACUUGAAACCAAUCUUUGAGUUUUGGAUGAGAAGGAUGAUGAUGAUCUUGACAACUCUAAUGCGGAAUACGCUAGUUUUGUCUCCUGCUGCUGCAGAUGUUUGUCAGUGUUUAUCAGUGUUCUAAUAUAGGCCUACACUCUCUAAUAGGCCUACAAGUUCUAAUGCUAAUUUGGCCUACCAUGUCCAUUCACCCCAUGCUCUAUCUGUGUUUUCCAGGCCAUUAAGGUGGAGUACACCCGUCUGCUGAGGUUUGCCCAGGAGGACACGGCCCCGGAGAACGACUACCGUCUGCAGCACGUCAUCGUCUACUUCAUCCAUAACCAGGCCCCCAAGAAGAUCCUGGAGAGAACCCUCCUCAUGCAGUUCGCCGACCGCAACCUAAGCUUCGAUGAACGGUCUGUAUGGGUUACACCACCAUAACCGGUUUCCUGUCACUCCUAUUUGGUUCAUUUCAAUGAUGAGUCCGUCUUAUCUUUCUUUAAUAAAACAAAGACCACACCAGGUUAUUUCCUCUGAACUUCCCAAAUUCACCAGUAGAGGGUAGCAAAAAGCAACGCCUUUGAAUGUUAAAUGAUCUGAAAUGACCUGAAGUGGUUUAUGAAGUCAACCAUAGCUUGAUAAUGCCCAGUCCGUUAGAUUUAUUCCAAUAGGACAGUCUUGCAGAACUUUUAUAGAGUUCAAAAUCUUUUAUAUUUUGCACCAGUGUAAAACAUCCUACCCUGCCAUAUAUCCAGCUACUUUAUGAAUCUGCCCUUUUUGAUGUCUCUUCUAAUGUCUCAAAGUUUUCACACAUGCACUGAGAUGUUCGUGGUAAUCCAUAUUCUUGAAUUAAUUGAUUCAACUCGCCUCUUCUGAGCGGUAUAAUUAUGUGUUGCAUGUGGUCUCAAUAAGCCCCUCAGGAGAGGAGCGUCUGGUUAAGGAGUAAGGAGUGAUUCAUGGGGCCUGUGUGUCACGGCCAUGAGACCACUGUGUAAUGUUUAAUCUCCUGGAGUAGCUAGUACUUCACCUGUAUGAUUCAUCAUACCACUGCCAAGCUGCUGUAACAGCACUCUCCCUUUCUCUCCUCUUUCCUCUCUCUUUCUUUCUCUCUCUCACUUUCCCUUUCUCUCCAUCCCCCCCUUCUCUCUCUCAGGUGUAAGAGCAUUAUGAAGGUGGCCCGUGCCAAAUUAGACCUUGUUAAGCCAGAAGAGGUCAACAUGGAGGAGUAUGAGGUCAGCAUUCUGCAACACUGGUUUUGACUGAUUUCAAGUGUUUGGUCUAGUACAUAUAUAAGGAUAUUUUUACAGUUGAAAUGAGAGGAGUGUGUGCACAAUAUUUAGCAUUCAAGUAAAAGGUUUAAAUGAUUAUAAUCUCUACAUUUUAACUGAUCCCACUAACCCUUCUAUGGAUAAUCCAAUGGAAAAAACACGGAUGUAAUUGUUAAGCUUCUAUGUACGAACAGUUAGAUCCAAAUGUUCCAGAUCUGUCCUUAAAAUCCUUUGAAGCUCAUUCAUGAACCUUUUGGUGCCUACAAUUUUCCCAGAUGUGGCAUCAGGACUACAGGAAUUUCCGCGAGACAACAAUCUUCCUGAUGAUUGGCUUAGAGCUGUUCCAGAAGAAAUGGUGAGACUCUGCUAAUUGGCAGCACUGUUAUUACAUUCUGCUCUCCACGAUGCAGAGCUUCUAACUCAAGUGUCCAUGUCUUACUUUAAGCGUGAACUGAUAUUCCUGAUCCAUUUCCGUAUUGAAUAUAUUAUUUUGUAAAUAGAGAUUGAAAUACUCUCUGUAGAUUAUUGCAUUAUUAGUAGGACCUGAACUUCCUAAAGUCACCUGCAGAGGGCAGCAGAUCAAUCUGGAAUAUAGAGCUCAGUCUGGCAUUGAUCAAGAUGGUUGUUCAUGUACUUGGUUAUUUCCUCUUCUGUUAAUUCUCCCUCCAAUACAUCAGUUUUAAAUCCUCUAUGAAAAAAGCCUGACUGUUCCUGCUCUAGUUUCCUUUGUAGACACAGCUAAACCUGAUUUUAGAUCUCUGCUGCCUCUCCUUGUGGGUAAGUUUGUACCACCCUGAUGCUUCUAUAAUGGAUCUGACUUUCCUGUGUGUCUGUUUCUCUGCAGCUUUGUGGAGGCCUUGAUGUACCUGAUCUACUCGUACCAGUACAACAGAGAGCUGUUGGUCAAAGGGCUGUACAGAGGUCACGAUGAUGAGCUCAUAGGUCACUACCGCAGAGAGUGCCUGCUGGUGAGACAACCCUCUAUCACUCACAAUCAUACAACUGAACCACUGCACUAUUGCAAGUCUCUGUCAGCAGUUGACUUAAUUUAGUUAGUUAAUGUAGGAUUUUCUUAUGCUAGCAGGUUUAACAUUUGGUACAGAAACUUAAAGAGAGAACGUUUUUAAAGAGACAAAGUUGCAGCCUGAGAGGAAGUGGUCGAAGUUCAUCCAUAGUGUUUUAAAGAUCAUCACGUGUUUCCAGUCAAAACAAUAGGUCACAGUGGAAGUCGUUUUAAGUCAUUCUCAUCAAGGCUCUCUGACCUUCUAACUCAUCCUUGCCUUCCCGUGGGUCACAGUGACUCAGCCAAACUGUCAUGUCUACCAAGAUCAUCCCUCCACCCCAUAAUCUCUAGGAUUGAUGCAGGGUUUGUUCCUGUUCUAGCUGAGAUAUUACAUUCUUUUUUAUUGCCCAUAAAGAUUCCCACAGAACUUUUCUCAGCAAAUGCUCUUGGUGUGAGGGAAAGAUCCAAAUCCUUUCAAUAUUCUGAUCAGACCACAGCUUCACUUUGUUUUUUAUAUCCCGUCUCCAAACUAUGCUCUGGUUAUAUUGGUUAGGGCUUAGAUGGAAUGAGUCCCUGGUCGGUCGGAUCAGGCUGUGACUGGUCUGGUCUGAACUGAGGGAGAGCGAGAGGGGGAACCCUGUUCCUCCUCGGUCGGCCCUGUUGCUGCUCCUGCACUCAGUAACCUUACACCGGCAUUGUGCUCCUAAUGUAAUCAACCCGAGUGGGAAUAGGAAGCAGUAGGCCCAGCGAGUGUAAACACAUUACCAGGAGACAUGGCUGUGUCCUGAGCUAACCUCGGCUCUGCUCCUUCAGGGCUCUGCUAGAGUUAGAGCCGCCAUCUCAGAUCUCUGGCCAGAAUGAACCCCAGGCUCCCGCUCCAGCCCUGCUCUCUCCAGCCCCGCUGUUUACCUUCUGCUCUGUUUUUAAUUGAAAACACUGCUAACAUUGACACAGUUAUGUUUUGUGAACCCCCACCAAGUCUCUCUGGUUCCGGAGUGGCAGUCUGCCUUUGUGUAAGGUAUUUUCCAGAGCUGAGGUCAGUGAGUUUGUCUGUGUCAGCAGCAGUGCAGGGCUUUGCUAAGGAGAACAUAGCGAAGUGUCUGUGUGCAUCAUGUAGUACGUCACUGCCCACGUCAGUACCACAGGUCUUGAGAACAUCCUCUGACAUUGACAAUGUCUGUCGGGAUGGAUGACUACCAGAUAGUGAUAAUGCAAAUGGUCUGUGUCUUACCUAGGCUGCAGCCCCUCAUACAGAGGUGGUCUCUAAUGUAAAAUACAUAUACAUUAGCAAUAUAGGAACAUGUAAUACCUGGCUGUCCUGCAAGUCUGUUUUGAGAGAAUAGCUAAUACUGGUACAUUUGUUAGCAUACCACUUCAAGCUAAUCCCUAGCAUAUGAAGCUAAUCCCUAACUCAUCAAUUUAUAUGCAUGUGCUUUGCCCAUAGAAACUGAACGAGAAUGCGGCGGGGAUGUUUGAGUCUGGUGAGGAGCCGGAGGUGAGCGACGGGCUGAGCAUCAUGAAUGAGCUGGUGGUGCCGUGUAUCCCCCUACUGCUUGUCCACGACACGGAGAAGGACCUGCUGGCUGUGGAGGACAUGAGGAACCGCUGGUGCUCCUACCUGGGACAGGAGAUGGAGCGUGAGUUUGUUUCUUUGGAUUAUUUUUAACCCACAUUUUAAGAUUAGGGGACUAAUCUUCCAAGAGUCUAAAAAAGUCAUAGGGCAGAGGCAACAGAGCAUUUUCACACUACUGACCCAAGCCGUGCUGUACUGUGCUGGCCUGGUUAGACACUAGGGUUGGGCAAUGUCAACCUUUGUCCUAUCGUGGUUAUGUACCCAUUAAACAUUGUGAUAUACGAUGCUAUCGCCCCUAUUGUAUUAAAGCUUUUAUGAUCGGCCUAGUAGGAGGAAAGGUUAUUGGCCAUUUGGUUUUCAACCUAGAAUGGAGGGAUUUUCUUUCUUAAUAAGCUUAAACUAAUUUCAACUUGUCAUUAGAUUUUUCUAUAGGCUAUUGAUAUUGUUUGUUCCUUCUCAUUAUUAGUCCUCUGGCUACCUUACGUUUUUAGGCUAUUCAAAUAAUGUUUUGAGAUGGAACUCUGUUACAUUCAUUGUCUGAUCUGGAGAAAGCCAUGCACAAAACGAUGAAGCAUAGCCUUCAGUCAUGAAGAGAGAAGGAAAUAUACAGUUGAAGUCGGAAGUUUACAUACACUUAGGUUGGAGUCAUUAAAACUUGUUUUUCAACCACUACACACAUUUCUUGUUAACAAACUAUAGUUUUGGCAAGUCGGUUAGGACAUCUACUUUGUGCAUGACACAAGUAAUCUUUCCAACAAUUGUUUACAGACAGAUUAUUUCACUUAUACUUCACUGUAUCACAAUUCCAGUGGGUCAGAAGUGCCUUUAAACAGCUUGGAAAAUUCCAGAAAAUAAUGUCAUGGCUUUAGAAGCUUCUGAUGAGCUAAUUUACAUAAUUUGAGUCAAUUGGAGAUGUACCUGUGGAUGUAUUUCAAGGCCUACCGUCAAACUCAGUGCCUCUUUGCUUGACAUCAUGGGAAAAUCAAAAGAAAUUAGCCAAGACCUCAGAAAAAAAAUGGUAGACCUCCACAAGUCUGGUUCAUCCUUGGGAGCAAUUUCCAAAUGCCUGAAGGUACCACGUUCAUCUGUACAAACAAUAGUACGCAAGUAUAAACACCAUGGGACCACGCAGCCGUCAUACCGCUCAGGAAGGAGACGCGUUCUGUCUCCUAGAGAUGAACGUACUUUGGUGCAAAAAGUGCAAAUCAAUCCCAGAACAACAGCAAAGGACCUUGUGAAGAUGCUGGAGGAAACGGGUACAAAAGUAUCUAUAGUAAAACGAGUCCUAUAUCGACAUAACCUGAAAGGCCGCUCAGCAAGGAAGAAGCCACUGCUCCAAAACCGCCAUAAAAAAGCCAGACUACGGUUUGCAAAUGCACAUGGGGACAAAGAUCGUACUUUUUGGAGAAAUGUCCUCUGGUCUGAUGAAACAAAAAUUGAACUGUUUGGCCAUAAGGACCAUCGUUAUGUUUGGAGGAAAAAGGGGGAGCUUGCAAGCCGUAGAACACCAUCCCAACCGUGAAGCACGUGGGUGUCAGCAUCAUGCUGUGGGGGUGCUUUGCUGCAGGAGGGACUGGUGCACUUCACAAAAUAGAUGGCAUCAUGAGGAAGGGAAAUUAUGUGGAUAUAUUGAAGCAACAUCUCAAGACAUCAGUCAGGAAGUUAAAUCUUGGUCGCAAAUGGGUCUUCCAAAUGGACAAUGACCCCAAGCAUACUUCCAAAGUUGUGGCAAAAUGGCUUAAGGACAACAAAGUCAAGGUAUUGGAGUGGCCAUCACAAAGCCCGGACCUCAAUCCUAUAGAAAAUGUGUGGGCAGAACUGAAAAAGCGUGUGCGAGCAAGGAGGCCUACAAACCUGACAGUUACACCAGCUCUGUCAGGAGGAAUGGGCCAAAAUUCAACCAACUUAUUGUGGGAAGCUUGUGGAAGGCUACCCGAAACAUUUGACCCAAGUUAAACAAUUUAAAGGCAAUGCUACCAAAUACUAAUUGAGUGUAUGUAAACUUCUGACCCACUGGGAAUGUGAUGAAAGAAAUAAAAGCUGAAAUAAAUCAUUCUCUCUACUAUUAUUCUGACAUUUCACAUUCUUAAAAUAAACGUGUGAUCCUAACUGACCUAAAACAGGGACUUUUUACUAGGAUUAAAUGUCAGGAAUUGUGAAAAACUGAGUUUAAAUGUAUUUGGCUAAGGUGUAUGUAAACUUCCGUCUUCAACUGUAUUAUUAUAUUAACUGUAUAAUUAUAUUAAUCAUGCUUUGAACUGCAUCCAUCUAUUCUGCCAACAAUGCGUUAGUGUACGGCAUGAAAUGUUGAGUCAAAUAUAACCUAUUUUGAAAACUUCUUAUAAAGUUGGUUUUUUAGCAUAAACUGGGAAUUUGAUAUUUUUGACUGAUAUUAUGAUUGUCUGUUUCAUAUCUGCAAAGUAGCUAAAACGCUGUCAGUUUCACUUUAAGGAGUAUCCAAUAUAUAAAAAAAGAUUAGGUUUAGGAACUAAAGCCCAUGCAUCUCAUCUGACGGAGAGAGAGAAACAAUAUUUUCUGACUGGACAUUUUGCGCCGCUUUGGUGGAAUUAUCUGCUCUGUCUGGCCUACAUUCCUCCCCUCUUGUGUUCUGUAUAUAACAUAUUUAUUGAAAUAGGCUAUAGCAAAUAGGAAUAUGAAAAUUACUCGGAAUGUCACUUGUGUGAUGUCCUGCUAUAAUAAUGUUGUAUUGCGCGGCUCAAGUCAAGUUCAGAUAGGCUAAACCAUCGUCUGUCACAUCAUGAUGUCGUCACUAUCGAUGCUAUCGUAAUAUCUCCCUACCCUAUUAGGCACCCUCUGUAGUUGCUGGAACCGAUAAUGUGAAAAUAACAUCGGAGGCAGCACAGUACGGUUUGGGCUAGCACAAUAAUGUGAAAGGAGUACAAGAGCCUAGAGGCAAGGGGGUUAGAUUUGUGGUACUGGAGAUCUGCUGGAUGUUUGGUUAUUAUUCUGCUGUAGUUUAAUUUGGAAGUGACAUGGAACAUGGUCAGGGACAUGGUCAAAUUAGUUGACGUUAGCAGCCAGACCAGGCAAGCCAUAACAACCAGGGAUAUACCCACACAGAAUUUGACCAAAAUUGUUAGUUCAGAGAAAGUGGUUCAGUGGAGUUCUAGCUUCAGUGGAGUUCUAGCCUCUACUCCAGGAAAAAGUUUGAUUGGUUUUCAGAAAAGUGACCCAGCAGCAUCUUCUUAGAACUACAGCCAACCAGGGCCUCUUUCAUCUUGUUUUCUCAAUCUGUGUUUUCCUAGAGGAGCAUGCUUACCAAGAGCUUGUGCUAUCACAGUGAAAAUAUUUAGCUUAUGAUUUCUGUUUGGUAACUGGAUGUUUCUCUGAAGAGUGACGCAAGCAAGGACAUUGAAAUAAUCACUCUCUCUUCCCUCUCGUCAUUGUUCUCCCCCUCCUGCUGCAGCCAACCUGCAGGAGAAGCUGACGGACUUCCUACCCAAGUUACUUGACUGCUCGACAGAGAUCAAAAGCUUCCACGACCCUCCAAAGCUAGCCACCUACUCCACCCUGGAGCUGGUUGAGCGCUACGGCCGUGUCAUGGCCUCCUUGAGCCGGGUGCCUGCGGACGGGAGAUGAGCUGAGGGGGCAGCAGCCCCCCUCACAGUCCCACGGCCCCCCAGCACCCAGGUCACUCACCAAUGGAACUCUUUUAACCCAUGCCUUCCUUAUAAACCGGGGGUCACUCGCUAUGGCUGUUACUCCUCUGUUUCUCUCUUGCUGCUAUAGGUUUUAUCAUUAUAAUAAUAAUUAUUAUUAUUUCUAUUAUAUUUUUUAAGCAAAACGCAACAGAGAAAUUAAUGAACGGACAGUUGGAAAAGGAAGACCGGGGGGUAGUGAAAAUGGCGCUCUUGCAGUGAUUGAAAGCCAGUGCAUGCUGCUCCAAGCUUUGUUAAAUGAGGUGGAGUUCUUUUUUUUUUUUUUUCGUUCGGUUUAUGCCCCCUCCCACCCCCACCCGCCUCUUUCUUAAAGAUGGAUUGCCCUGCUGCUCUGCCACCAGUUUGGUACAGUGUUAUCACGUUUUUGUUUUAAUUUUCUAAAGGAAGCGACAAAAUGAGAACCUUGAGAUUUAUCAGCGGCUUUAAGUAUCUCAAGUGGGUCUGUGAACGCUGUGGACUGCACCAGAAUGAGAAGUUUGAAGUGCUGUGGUAGACA